AUGUUUUCAAGAGUUAUUAGACCAGUCAGAGCUAGUUCUUUACAAUUUGUGAGAUUCCAAUCAUCAAGUGUUUAUAAGGAUGCUUUGGCUUUGUUAAAGACCGAUUUAAAGAAAGCCAUGUUGGCCAAAGAUACAUUAAAAGGUUUGAUGUCUGGUAUCAAGAACAAGGAAAUCGAUACUAAGCCAGCAAAUCAUAAUGAAUUUUUACUUUUUGAAUUAUAUAAUAAAUUCAUUAACCAAAGAAAUGAAUCAGUUAAAGAAUACCAAGAUAAUAAAAGAGAUGAUUUAGUCGAAAAGGAAUUAAAAGAAAUUGAAAUCAUUAAAUCUUAUAUUGAUCAAUUACCAGUUGCUUCAAUUGAAGAAAUUGAAACUAAAGUUACUGAUUUAAUUAAAGGUUUACAAUCCGAAGGUAAAGCUAAAAACAUUGGUGAAAUCAUGAAGAGUGUUGAUUGGAAAGUUGUUGAAACUGAAUGGAAGGCUAGUCAAAGUUCAGUCAGAACAGCCAUUGCUAAGAUCCACAGAUCCUUGACACAAUAG